AAACAGAGGAAGCAGGAAAAAAAGCCACGUUGACAGAUCGUGGCUACUCAGAAGGCAAGUCAGCAAGAGAGACCUGAAGAGGAACCUUCGACUAACCAAACUUCUCACUAAACAUGUCAUCUCCGCCAAAAGAGAAAACAGAAACAAAAGCUGGACACCUCCCUGCUGUAAAAGCAGGUGGGAUGCGAAUUGUGCAGAAACAUCAGGGAGCUGGAGAACAGAACCAGGAAAAGGACAAAGACAGCAAAGAAUAUGAAAGCAGCAGUCCACCGAAACCAACUCUGAUCAUUUCUGGUGUAGUUACGAAGGGUGAUAAAGAUUUCCCUCCGGCAGCAGCCCAGGUAGCGCAUCAGAAACCCCAGCCAUCUGCAGAGAAGCUGCCCUCAGCCCAUCAAAUCAAUCAGCACAUCCACCAGCCACGCAAGUGAACCAGCAUUCAGGAGUCAGCCUUCUAUCCAUUCCAGGAGAACUCGGUGCCACCAUGUUUACACACACAGCUUUUCUAGAUGUUUCCACUCUUGACAUUCCAUGCAAUUUUUUUAAAAUUAUAUUUGAGGGUACUUGGUAUUCUGUAUGUUGUAGUGUAUACCAUCAUGAUGUGGUGUAACUCAUGUUUUGUAGGGGAAUGAAUAGACAAUGUGUUUUGCUUCUGCAUGUAAACAUGUGGUACAUUUCAGGAAACACAGUAUACAUCGAAGCAUAUAAUGUUGAUUUAAAGUACAGAGGUAAAGACUGAGGGUUUUUUUGUUAAUGAAAAAAAUCAAUUUUAGUUUUUUUUUUUUUUUUUUUUUUUUUUUAAGUAAUUGAUCAUUUUUAUGUAAUUUAAUCUCUUUACGAAAAGAUGUCAAACAAAUUAGUGUAAACAAGUCUGAGGAUGUCAGAUGAAUUGAUUUUUUAAAAUUAAACA